UCCGGUCCGCGUUUCCCUGAGUUCGUGAGCAGCUGUCGCUGUGUGGUUCUGAGUGUUGAAGGCUGGCGCGAAAAUCGUGGGAGGUAUCUGUUCAGUGAGCGUAAUCGAAAUACCACAGUGCUUUUCCAGUACUGGUUGACAGUGGCGAGAUGGCCCCUGUCGAUCUCAACAGCGGUGCGAAUGACGGUGGCUCGGGCAUGGAGGAGAAGCUUCACCUGAUAACUCGCAACCUGCAGGAAGUUUUGGGCGAUGAUCGAAUGAAAGCUGUCAUGAAGGAAAGAGACCUCAAGAUCUACUGGGGGACUGCUACCACUGGAAAGCCUCAUUUGGCUUAUUUUGUUCCUAUGUCCAAGAUUGCUGACUUUCUCAAGGCAGGUUGUGAAGUAACCAUUCUUUUGGCUGACCUCCAUGCUUACCUAGACAACAUGAAAGCACCAUGGGACCUGCUAGCUUUACGCACAGAGUAUUAUGAGCGUGUCAUCAAGGCGAUGCUCAAGGCAAUUGGUGUUCCAUUGGAAAAACUCAAGUUUAUCAAGGGGACUGACUAUCAGUUGAGUAAAGAAUUUACUCUUGAUGUCUACAGAUUGACCUCAAUGGUGACUGAGCAUGAUGCCAAGAAGGCUGGCGCUGAGGUCGUGAAGCAGGUGGAGCAUCCACUUUUGUCUGGACUUCUGUACCCAGGCCUGCAGGCUCUCGAUGAAGAAUACUUGCACUGUGACACUCAGUUUGGGGGCAUCGAUCAGCGCAAGAUCUUCACAUUUGCUGAAAAGUACCUGCCUCAGUUAGGCUACAAGAAGAGAUCUCAUCUGAUGAACCCCAUGGUCCCUGGUCUGACAGGAGGAAAGAUGUCAUCCUCAGAAGAGGACAGCAAAAUUGAUCUCCUGGACUCAGCUCCAGCUGUCAAGAAAAAGCUGAAAAAGGCUUUCUGUGAGCCAGGCAACAUAGCUGACAAUGGUGUCCUUUCAUUCUGCAAGCAUGUCAUUUUCCCCCUGCUGGGUUCAGAGAAAUUUACCAUCGAGCGGGCGCCGGAGAAUGGUGGCAACGUCGACUACUCAGACUUUAAUGGCCUGGAGGCUGCCUUUGCUGAGCAGCAGAUUCACCCAGGCGACCUCAAGGCCACUGUUGAGCGCCACCUGAACCGCCUGAUGGAGCCCAUCCGGCAGGAGUUCGAGUCGCCCGAGCUGAAGAAGCUCGUGCAGCGCGCCUACCCGCCGCCGGGCAAGAAGCCCGCCGCCGCCGCCGAGCAGGACGGACCGCACCGGCUGGACAUGCGCGUCGGUCGCGUCGUCUCCGUGGAGCGGCACCCGGAGGCCGAGACCCUGUACGUCGAGCGGAUCGACCUGGGCGAGCUGGAGCCGCGCACCAUCGUCUCCGGCCUCGUGCAGCACGUGAGCGAGGACGAGCUGCGCGGCCGCCUGGUGGUCGUGCUCUGCAACCUGAAGCCGGCCAAGAUGCGUGGCGUCGAGUCGCGUGGCAUGCUGCUGUGCGCGUCGGCGGAGGAGCCGCGCGCCGUGCGGCCUCUCGACCCGCCGGCGUCCGCGCGCCCCGGCGACCGCGUGCUCGUCGAGAGCUACGAGACGGGCGCGCCCGACGAGCAGCUCAACCCCAAGAAGAAGGUGUGGGAGAAGCUGCAGGCCGACCUGAAGACGUCGGCCACGGGCGUGGCGGAGUGGCAGGGUAACCCGCUCAUGGCCAAGGACGGCGCGGUCACCUGCACGGCGCUCAAGAGCGCGCCCAUCAGGUAGCGGGAUGGUGCGGCGCGCGUCUUCGUACAGACAGUCGUCGUACAUCUGUCUGUGUCUAUUUUGAUUAUUUCUAAGCGACGUUUGGCUCUGGGGUGGUGAGAUGUUCGACGGAGCGGUGGGCGCGGUGAUGUGGGUGGCAGAUGAAAGGAAUGAGGCUAGCCGUUGGAAAUUACCUGGUCGUGGCUCUUGUGAAGGCUUUGGAUACUUUUGCCGCCAUGGCAUGUGUUCACCUGAUUCUGAGCGCGCGGUUUUGACAGGCGUUUUAUCAGUCAUCUAGCGUGAUCUCCACGCUCCAAAAUGACGGGCGUGGCUAGCAGUUUUAGCAUCUCCCUGUCAUGCACAGUGUACCAAAUAGUAUUUAAUUAACGUUAUUCUCUGCUUAUCGCACGCUGUUGGCUUUGGAAUAAACUGUUGCACCCU